AUGCGUCCCAAAUCAUAAUAAUCGCCAUUUUCUCUGUAACACCUACAGAAACUUCAAAAUGACAUCGUUUGCUGAUCACUUUUGGGGGGAGAAAAACAAUGGAUUUUUUGUUUUGAAUCAUAAUAUGAAACAAGGACAACUGUCAUCCAAAGAUUUCAUAGAUUUUCUUAGAGAAAGUUGUACAGUAGAAGAGACCUACAGUAAACUUCUAAACAAAUUGGCCAAGUCUGUAUCAAACAACACACAUGGAGGCACAUUUGCUCCAUUCUGGAACGUACUGAAGACCCUAGCAGAGAAGAUUUCCACUCUUCACACACAGCUGGUACACUCCCUGACAGAUCUAAUGAAGGAUGUAGCCAGAUAUAGCGAGGAACAAGUCAAAAAGAAUAAAGCGGUUAAGGAACGUGAGUCCAGUACGCUAGAAACGGUAAACAACAUUCAACACACCACAGCUGCUCUUCAUAAGGCAAAGGAAAUAUAUCACACAAGAUGUUUAGAGUUGGAGAGAUUAAAAAGGGAUGGGUCACAAAAAGACAUUGAGAAGGCGGAGACAAAAUACAAGAAAGCCAGUGAAGAUUACAGAUCCCUGGUGGACAAGUAUGCCAAUGUCAGAAAUGAAUUUGAGACGAAAAUGAUGGAUUCUUGUAAGAGAUUUCAGGAGCUGGAAGAGGAACACAUUUGUCAGAUGAAGGACUUUGUUGAUUCCUUUGCUAAAGCCUGGCAGAAUGAACAUGUGAUGCUGGGACAGGUACAUGAAGAAUUUCGACAAAGCUGUGAUGAGUUGACUGUUCUUAAACUCUUAGAAAUCUUUAUCAAUUCUAAGAAGACAGGAGAGGAAAAACCAGGACCUAUCGAUUUUGUCGAGCCCAAUCUUUCCAGCCUGCCUCCAGCUCGUCCCAUGUCAUGUGAUCCUAACGAUAAACGGGAUAGCAUAUCGGAGAAAUCUCGCCAGGACUCGAGCGGGAGCCCCAGCCCCGUUCCCUCGGACCAGCCUGGCCCGCUCAGCCGCAGUGUAAACCUGCGCGUCUCCAGAACAUGGUUUCUCAAAAAUAAAAAGAAAAAAGAGAAGAAAAAGAAGAAAAAGGACAAGGAUGAAAGAGAGGCUCAGUCCUCAGACACACAGUCAGUGGACACAACAGAAGGGACAACUCCAGAUGUGGAUGAGGAGGGCUAUUCUAUUCGACCUGAGGACCCCAUGGAGAACAGCUGUGAUAAAAAUAGCUGGUCCAGCGAGAGUGACAGUGACUCAGAUGAUGAAUCAAAACGGAAAAUCAAAGUAGCGAUCCGUCCUUUAAGUCCAAAUGGUAACGUGUCAGGAACUGUAGAUGACAUCAAACAGUCCGUCAGUCAGCUGAGACUGUCCCCCACAGCAGCCCUCAGAAAGAGGACCACCACACCUAUAGAUAAAAAGAUGAUGAAGAGAUCCCAAUCCGAAUCUGACACACUGGAUCCAGUAAAACCAAACCAGGACCUGUUAAACUUGGACUUCUUUUCCUCAUCAAGUGCUUCCACCCCGUCAGGUAGCCGCUUCAAUCUCCCCUCACCCCUAUCUCCCUUGGCGGACACCAGUCUACAAAACAACACCAGCCAUAGUAUAGCUACAACCUCACUGCACAAUUCUAGUGGAAAUGAAGUGUUUAACAACAGUAACGGGUCAAAGGACGGCUCUAGUCUGAACAACUCACUCCCGGGACCACCCCCCUCUAUUCCACAACGACCGGUCUCCCAACCCAGGGUCAAGCCCAGCGUACCCCAGCUUCCCUCGCGCCCGAUCUCUGGACGUUCUAGCCCCGCCUCCUUCAUGUCGCGGUCAGACAGCAGUAGCAGUGUUACCUUCAAUACGACCUCCAUGCCCAUUGGAUCCUCCCGUGGACCGAGUCCGCUCACCAUUGGCAUGUCAGACACUAUUCCAUUAGCCAUCGCCUUCACAGAAACAAUCAACGCUUACUUCAAAGGAACUGAUGCUACAAGAUGCAUGGUGAAGAUUACGGGAAAUGUGAUGAUGUCAUUUCCUGCGGGGGUUGUUCGAGUGUUUACAGAGAAUCCUAACCCUGCAUUACUGAGCUUCAAACUAAAAAAUGUCUCCAAGUUAGAGAACACGAUGCUCAACAAACAGCUGGUGGAACUGGAUCCCAGUCAACAGGAAGCUGAUACAAACUUCUACACCUUCAACAUGUCUGCUCUGAUCGAGCAUCUAAAACAUCAAGGAGAGCAGAAUAAGUCAGCCUCCUACUUCAACAUCGACAUUCUCAAAUAUCAGGUAUGUACAUACUACUUAGUGACUGGUGGUGGGUUUUGUGAAGAGAACACCACAGACUACCGCCUGGACUACAAAUACAACCCCAACUCCAUGUCAUCACCGUCCACUCUCAAAAAUGUACAAGUUUUUUGCCGUGUUUGGAGGGGUAUCCCCAUCCUUCACUCUUACUGCAAUGGAGAGAUGAAUGAAGACAACCAGCGGGCGACAUGGAGACUGAAUGAUUUAUCAGAACUGAGUGAGGAGGGAAGCCAGGGCAGCAUUAGGGCCAAGUUUGAGUUGAAGUCGGGCCCCUCCCGCCCCUCCCCCUCAGCCAUCCAGUUCCUGUGUGAGGGGGCGUGUCUGUCCGGCCUGGAGAUGGAGAUGGUGGGACCAGGGUACAGGGUGUCUCUACUCAAAAAGAGGUUUGGGGCAGGUAAAUAUUUGGUGGAUCCUGAGGGACCCGUUUGACCAGGUUUAGGAUCUAGUUUUAUUAAAUUACCAAUGGGGUGACAGUGACAAUUACCUCAUUCACAAACUAGUCAAUUGACCACAAUGCACCUCACUAAUGGAGCAGGAAUAUCCCAGAAUUCCAAACUAAGAAGGCAGAGGAUGUACGGGUGAUUUAUUCGUGGAGUGAGGAAGCAAGGGAAAUAAAUCUUGUCUACUUACUGUGAAAAUUUUUAACUGUCAGACUUUACUGUGAUAUCCAUUUCCUUUACAAUUUUUAACAUGUAAUAUUUAAGUAGAUAUUUGUUUGACAUCUUUUUUGGUUCUUACAAUUUGAGCAGUGUGAUUGAAUUAUUCAUCAUCAUAGCCAUUUAUGUGAUUUAAACUAUAGCAGAUGCAUUAGAAUGAAUUGGCAUUUAGUAAUCUGUUCUACAAUGUCUUGAUCCAAUCUUAUCUGAUGAAAAGUGCUACAACUAACAAUGAAUGUUUUAUGUUAGGAAUACUGGAAGUUUGUAGUUCCAGUGUAGAAUUAUUUUUAUGUUUCAGUGACUUGUGUAAGAUGUUGCCUUUUGGUUAUGAAGAACCAUGGGUGUGUCGUGAAUGUGCAAUAUCACAUUUUUGCUUGUAAUUUCUUUGUUAUUGUUUUAUGAUAGAGGGAAUAUUUAUUUUCGAUUAAUGCAGUUUUCAUGUCCUAAAUGAAGUUGUUCCUUUUUAGCAUUCAUAUUUAACUCAGUAGCUGUUUAUUUUUGACAUUGAAUUUCAGUAGAUUUUUUCUGAUAAAAUCAAUCUAGGCAUUGCUGGCAAUGCCUUUCCAUUUAACUCAGAACCCCAUUCCUGACGCUUUAUCUCUCUCGCUCUUACAAGAAGUGGAUAUUUUAGAUGACUUCCUAUUUGAUGAGAUAUAAAUAUUGCAUCACUGUUCAAUUAUGAAUCAAAUGGAGUUCAUUGAAUAAGAUUAUGUAGGGGAUCAUCCCCAUUGUAAUUUCUUUAAUAUUUUCAGUGAACUGAAAAGUUAAAAAUGCUUUAAAAAGUUUAAAGAUUUAUCCAAGAAAAAGAAUCAGCCCUAAUUUUGUCAUUUCAUUGCAUUUGAUUUUCAUUUCUUGUAGCAUAAAUUUGUUUAUUAACAGCCAUUCUACAUGUUCACAAAAAAUAAAAGAAUAUAUGCAUAUUUGGUAAUUUGUAAGAUGUGAAAUAUAUUACGUACAAUUGCUGCAAUAAUGUAGCCCUCUCUGAUUUUUUUAUCUGAUAUUUUCUUGAGAUUGUAAAAUAUAUUGUAAAAUUCAGAUUGAACUAACUUUUAUCAUAUGAUGUUCCAGGACAGAAAUUGAGAUAUUCUGUCUAAGUUAGAUCUUGUACUACCAUAGAAAAUGACAUAGAUAGUACAUUGCCUUGAGCUUUAAGAUGUUACACACUCUCUCAUCCUAAAACAUUCCAUUCUGGGUUGUACCACGAGUGUGUGUGAUGGUUAACGUAGUCUGAAACAGACUGUGAUAAUUAUCCUCAUCAUAUUCCUAUGUACACUACUUUUAUUACGUCACUUAUUUAAUCAUUUUACAUAUUGAAAAAUAACUUGAAUACUAUAUCAAUAAACAUUAUAAAUACU